AUGUCCUCCAUCUACGAUUUUAAUAUUUUAGCAGCACCUUUGCAUUGUGCACAGAUAGAUCUCUCCCCUUAUGCCCGAUGGUCACCCAAUGGUAUCACCGUGUCUGGUGGUCAUGGACAAGGCAGUGAGCUGAGUCAACUGAACCACCCAUAUGGGCUGUAUGUGGACGACAAUAAAAUCAUUUAUGUUGCUGACUACGAGAAUCAUCGUAUUGUGGCAUGGCCACCAGGUGCUACCUAUGGUCAAGUAGUAGCAGGUGGGAAUGGACCUGGACAAGGGUUGCAUCAAUUAAAUAAGCCAACCGAUGUGAUCAUCGAUCAUGCAACUGAGAGUCUUCUCAUAUGCGAUUGUUUAAACAGGCGAGUGGUACGCUGGCCUCUUCGUGGUGGUAUUCGUGGAGAAAUUCUCUUACGCGACAUCAACUGCCGUGGUUUGACAAUGGACGAUUGUGGCUUCCUCUAUGUCUCUGACGUCAGAAAACACGAAGUCCGACGUUGGCAAGUAGGUAAAGCAAGGGGAACUGUGGUUGCUGGUGGAAAUGGCCAAGGUCUUCGUCUCAAUCAACUCAACUUCCCAACUUAUCUAUUUGUUGAUAGAAAUUACACCAUAUACGUUUCUGACAGCUGCAAUCAUCGAGUAGUGAAGUGGAUAAAAGGCAUCACAGAAGGCAUAGUAGUGGCUGGUGGCCAUGGACAAGGGGAAAAUGUGAAUCAAAUGUCUCAUCCGCAAGGAGUGAUCGUUGAUGAGGUAGACACGGUUUAUGUUGCUGAUUCAUGGAAUUAUCGAAUCAUGCGUUGGCCUCGAGGAGCCACUCAAGGAACUGUGGUGGCCGGUGGUAACGAUGCUGGACCUCAAACGAAUCAAUUGAACCUACUCGAAGGUUUGUCCUUCGAUCGGUAUGGUCAUCUACAUGUCGCUGAUAUGAUCAAUCAUCGAUUGCAAAGAUUCGAACUCGUUUCUACUUGA